AUGGCCAUAAGUUUGUUUUAAUCAAGUGACUUGAAAUUUAUCAGCAUUGAUACCAAUUGCAAAUAUAUAAUUUCCUCCUCCCAAAAACUACAGUCGACCUUUUUCGUUGUCUCCACUCAUGUCAUCUUUUCUUCCAAGAAGGGGACAGCAGAGAGCUAAAGGGAAGACCAAGGGUUUCUUCGACAAUCCAGAGAACCGUGAUCAAAAUGCUUUAGUACUAAUGCAAAGAUACAAUAUUUUGAGUUUAGUUUAGAGACAAUAACCCUUGGUGACUUUUUUGAGUUUAUGAACCAAUUUGAAGUUUUGUAUAAUAAUUCAAGAAUAAAUUAGUAGAUUUUAA